GUUAUUGAAGAUUGAAAAGUUGGAAUUUUGAACUGAAAGGAGUGGUUUUCUGUUUAGGAGCGAAUGGGUUAAUGCAAGUUCGCAGUCUAGUCAAAUAAGUGAUUGCAAAAGCAAGUAUAAAGGAUUUCAUGGUUCCGUUUCGGGGAUGCAGACAAUAAAACACUCUUGGAAUUAGCAAGCGGCCAGGUUCACCUUUCAGUAAAUGGAUACCACAAGUGGCGCCCUCGCCCUGCACCAGGGAUAAUGUGACAUUCUGUGGACAGUGCAAUCUUUGUUGCCUCUCUGAAGGAUUGACUUGCACUUGGCGAAUCAGGCAGGGAACGUUUUGCUUUGGUAACAAAUGGGAGUUUGGCUGUGGACGGGACUUCCUUUAGCAAACCCACUCCUGUAGUUAGUGGCCAGAACUCUUUUUUCCCUUCCUUCCUUCCACCCCCCUCAUCUCUCCUCUCCCCUCUCUUCUCCUCUCUCCCCACCCACUCGCCCCUGCAGUUCAAAUGCAACUUUUUCUUUGUGCCUGUGAAGUUGGUGCGAUCUCUCUCUCGCUCUCUCUCUCUCUGGACACAGGGGGAGGGAAGGUUGUUUCCUGCAUUCCUGUCAUUCUCACAGAAUGAGCCAGAGCAGACUAAUUAUUACCAGCGGCUUGACUCCUGGAGGGAGGGAGUAGAUGGGAGGGAGAGCAGAGGGAGAAGAAAGGAGAGGAGAAAGAGAAAGAGAAGGAGAGAGAGAGAAAGAAAGAAAGAGAGAGGAGAAGGAAAGAAAGAAAAGAUGACCAUUUAGCAUUACUGGAGAUUGUUGAAAAGUUGAGGUUUUAACUGUGGAAGGGUUGGUUUGGGGGUGAAGUCGCUCUGGGCAAGAGGGAAGGAGAGGGAGGAGGGUAGAGAGAGGGAGGGAGGAGAGAGAAAGAAAGAGAGAGAGAGUUGGGGAGUUUACAUUGUAGCCAGGGAUAGUUUCAGAGUAGCAGCUUCGCCAGGAUGUUCCUCGACGUGGCAGAAGUGACCAGCGAGUCGCCGGCCGCCGCUCGGCAGCGCUGAGUAACUCCAGGGGAGACGAGACGGGCCUUGACUUGCGUCCCCAACACCGAACAAGCUUGAGAUGAGAAAUUCGGAAGAAGGUGCCAGUGGGACAGUUUUGCAGCGAUUGUUACAGGAGCAACUUCGUUAUGGGAACCCCAGUGACAGCCGCAACCUGCUCGCCCUCCACCAGCAAGCCACGGUGAACGUCAUCGCCUUCAACAGCAAGGGCUCGGUCAUCAGCUCAGUCGAUGGCAUGACCCAAGAUGAGCGGCAGAUUGUCCCGCAUUCCGCACGACAGGAGCCCCAGGGUCAGGAGCUACAGGUCGACAACGGCGCCAUGGAGAAGCAGCUGCAGGUCCGCAUCGGCGGGGGGCCGGCGCAGAACGCCGAGGAGCUGCCCACGUACGAGGAGGCCAAGGUGCAGUCGCAGUUCUUCAGGGGGCAGCAGCACACGGCGGCAGGAACCGCCUUCUUCGUCACCGGCAUCAACAACCAGAAGAUGAGGACGGAGGGGAGGUCGACGGUGCAGCGGGUGGGAGCGGCCAAGGUCCACCAGGACGACGGGCUGAAGGACCUGAAGCAGGGCCACGUCCGCUCGCUGAGCGAGCGCCUGAUGCAACUCUCGCUGGCCACCAACGGCGUCAAGGCGCAGGCGGCGUCCAUGGCCGGCGGCGGCGGCGGCGGCGGCGGCAUCAUCUCGCCGCAGCACGCCGGCGACUUCUACACCAGCGCCGCUCACGUCCUCCCUCAGAUAUCGGUGAAGGGGCUGGACCCUCGCGGACCCCCGCCCGACUACCCCUACAAAAGCACCCUCACCCUCGCGCCCAAGGCUCAGGACUGUGGCAAUUACUACGGCGACUUCCGACUGGGAAUGAUGUCGGAGAUUCUGAAGCCGGGCCACAAUUUGCAGCAUGUCCGGCUGGAUACUCCCGGUGUGAGAUACCUGCCCCCUCCGGAUUAUGGUGCCAUCAGGCAGAGUCAAGAUGGGCAGCUAUUCCAGCAGCACAGUUAUCAGCACAGUCCGUCAUCUUCGCAGGCGUCCCUGGGGUCGUUGUCUGGGAUGCAGUCGCAGGCUUUACCCAUGGGCAUCAUGCCCCAGCCAGCGCCGCCCCCUGCCAACCACAUGUACCAGACCUUCCCUGGAGACCCCCUGGCCAUCGUGCUGCGGGCCCAGCAGAUGGUGGAGAUCCUCUCCGAAGAAAACCGGGCCCUUCGCCAGGAGCUGGAGGGCUACUACGACAAGGUGGCUAAACUGCAGAAGCUGGAGAUGGAGAUUGAGCGAGUUUCGGAAGCCUACGAGAACCUGGCAAAGUCCUCUUCCAAGAAGGAGACUUUGGAGAAAGCCAUGCGCAACAAGCUGGAAGGGGAGAUCCGGAGGCUCCACGAUUUCAAUCGAGAUCUCAGAGAUCGCUUGGAGUCUGCAAACAAGCAACUUGCGGUUAAAGAAUGCGAGGGUUCUGAAGACAACCGCAAGACCAUCGCUCAGCUCAUGGGGCAGAAUAAGGAAAAUUUGAGAGACAAGGAGAAGCUGGAGAUGGAACUGUCCGCCCUCAGGGCCAAUAACGAGGAUCAAAGGCGGCACAUUGAGAUCCGAGAUCAGGCUCUGAACAACACCCAAGGCAAAGUGGUCAAGUUGGAAGACGAGCUGAAGAGGAAGCAGGUGUACGUGGACAAGGUGGAGCGGAUGCAGCAGGCCUUGAUCCAGCUUCAGGCGGCCUGCGAGAAACGGGAACAGCUUGAACACAGGCUGCGGACCCGACUCGAGAGGGAACUGGAAUCCCUUCGAAUGCAGCAGCGCCAGGGCACAACGCACACUGCCUGCGGCCCAGAGUAUAACGCCACGGCUUUGAUGGAGCUGCUGCGUGAAAAGGAGGAGCGGAUCCUGGCGCUGGAGGCGGACAUGACCAAGUGGGAACAGAAGUACCUGGAGGAAAGCGUGAUGCGCCAAUUCGCAUUGGAUGCGGCCGCAACCGUGGCUGCUCAAAGGGAUACGACAGCCUUGGGCCACUCACCAAAUGGAAGCUACGAAACGUCCUUGGAGGCCAGGAUUCAGAAGGAAGAGGAAGAAAUCCUCAUGGCUAAUCGGAGGUGUCUUGACAUGGAAAGCAGGAUUAAGACCCUUCAUGCUCAGAUAAUUGAGAAGGAUGCGAUGAUCAAAGUCCUCCAGCAGAGGUCAAGGAGGGAGCAAGUGAAAACGGAACAGCCAACUGCGUUAAGACCGUCAAAGUCCUUGGUUUCUAUCACCAACGCCACCUCUGGGCCCACGUCCUACUCCUCACUGCUGUCCAGUAACCCCAUCAUUGAGGAGAAGAAGGAGGACAGGAGCUGGAAGGGCAGUUUAGGUUUCCUGCUGAGCCCGGACAGAAACGAGUUGCAGUCCUCCUCCUCCUCCCCCAUCCUGCCCUCCACGCCCGUCCCGUCAGCCCACUCCAAGACGGGGAGUCGUGACAGCAGCACCCAGACGGAGCGUGGACCUGAGCACAACAAGCUGGGCGCUGUGUCACUCGCGCCCGUGAAGCUCAGCACCAGCACCAGCAGCUCCACACAGCUGGAAGCAACAGGCAACUAUAAUGACUAUACCCCAUUUCUAAGCAGCACGCUCGACAGGAGAGGCCCCUUGAUGCCGAGCGCCCAGGACUUUUCCGACAACGAGAUGGUGGAAAUCCUGAUCUAAAGCCUGCCUUCACCCGGGACGGAGCCAGGCGCGGCUGCAGACAAUCCGAGGGGCGUACCCGAACUCUUGGGCCGAUGGAGUCUGGAGGAGUACGAGAGAGUAUCGAGUGUGGGAAGGAGCUGCAGAUGCUGGUUUACACCGAAGAUGGGCCACACAAAACGCUGGGAGUAACUCAGCAGGACAGGAGAGCAGGAAUGAGUGAUGUAUCGGGUCGAGGUCCUUCUCCAGGCUCAAAUCGUCGCCCAUUCCUUCUCUCCAGGGAUGCUGCCUGUCCCGCUGAGUUACUCUGGCAUUUUGAGUAAAAAGUGGACACUGAUCCGAACUAGAGGCGCUUUUAUAACAGAAUGCCCAGGGCGAAGACACAAAAAUAGGUGAAAGGAUGCAGGUCCUUUGUCCUUGUACUUUUCCUGUCCUAUAAGGAGUAUACAAAGAGUGAACUCUUCAUACCCCUGCCUGAUAUAAACUGUUUGUAGUGCCAGCACUGCCUCGUACGUAACAUUCCAACUGGAGCGGAUGCCUUUACAUGGAAGUAUUAUGAAUGCAAGGAGGAAGAGGUCAGGCAACUAUGUCUUUGACCAGCAAAGGUCUUACUGAAGAAGGACAGGGGACCUUCGAGGAACAAAAAUGGCUGCCGCCAAUAGUGGACCAAACCUUUAGUCCUUUCAAAGCCAGCGAGAAUGUCAUUCUGUAUAGGAAGGAACUGUAGAUGCUGGUUCAAACCGAAGAUAGACACAAAAGGCUGGAGUAACUCAGCCGGACAGGCAGCAAACGUAAGGGUUUGGACACGCAAGAGGCAGGAAACAUAUACCCAAUGUUGGGGGAGUCCAGAAUCAGGGGCCACAGUUUAAGAAAAAGGGGUAAGCCAUUUAGAACGGAGAUGAGCAAACAUUUUUUUUCACAGAGAGUUGUGAGUCUGUGGAAUUCUCUGCCUCAGAGGGCGGUGGAGGCUGGUUCUCUGGAUGCUUUCAAGAGAGAGCUAGAUGGGGCUCUUAAAGAUAGCGGAGUCGGGGCAUAUGGGGAGAAGGCAGGAGUGGGGUACUGAUUGUGGAUGAUCAGCCAUGAUCACAUUGAAUGGCGGUGCUGGCUCGAAGGGCCAAAUGGCCGACUCCUGCACCUGUUGUCUAUUGUCUAUUGGAGAAAAGGAAUGGAUGACAUUUCGGGUCGAGACCCUUCUUCAAUCUGAAGAAGGGUCUCGACCAGAGACCGUUCCUUCUCUCCGGAGAUGCUGCCUGUCCCGCUGAGUUGCUCCAGCUUUUUGUGUCUAUCUUGAGAAUAUCAUUUCCUUCUGUUUGUAUUCGGGAAUGUUUUAUGGGGGGGGGGGGGGGGGGGGGGGGGGGGGGGGGGGGGGGGGGGGGUGGAGAAAGAACCUAACACAAUGUUUAAAGGGAGAUUUCUUAAACGCUCUUGGUUGUGUGUAAAGGGCCUGUCCCACUUACGGGAUUUUUUUCAGCGACUUGCCGGCACCCAUCAUCGUUGCAACAGGUCGCCGAAAAUGUUCAAACUGUUGAAAAUCCAGCAACAUGUCGCAGGGUGACGCCUGUAUGGUUGUGAGUAGUCGCCCAAAGAGUCGUACCUUUUUCUGGUCGCCGGUGGAUUUCCACCAUUUGUAACAUUUUCGGCGACCUGCUGAGACUAUGACGGGUGCGCUGUGUUGGUGUUAGUCGGACAGGCCCUUAAGGCAUAUGAUAUACUUCAUUAACAAAGUUAAACCUGUGUAUAGGUCGCCUAGUGUGAUUUUUGGAAAAUCUGUCGUAGUACUAAAUUUAAAUAGUUCCUGUGCUUCCCCGUAUAUUUAUUUUUUUUGACCGGUCUCUGAUGCCAUCAAUGUGCAAUAUUGAAUAUUGCCAUCUAUAGCAGGAACCUAUUUUCUGUCAAUGUCUUAUUCAGAUGGACACACCAAGCAUCGAUGUGAGGGUGAUUGAAUCAUGAAAGACUAACACCCUAAUCUGGUUCAGUUCCAUGUGGCAAACCUCCAUAAGGGGUCGGCCAUUUUUGACUGAGAUGAGGAAAAACUUUUAUCACCCAGAGAGUUGUGAAUCUGUGGAAUUCUCUGCCACAGAAAGCAGUAGAGGCCAAUUCACUGGAUGUAGCUAGAUCUAGCUCUUGGGGCUAAGGGAAUCGAGGGAUAUGGGGAGAAAGCAGGAACAGGAAACUGAUUUUGGAUGAUCAGCCUGAAUGGCGGUGCUGGCUUUAAGGGCUGAAUGGCCUACACUUGCAACUAUUUUCUAUGUUUCUAUAACACUUUCUAAUCUGUGUCAAUUAAUGAGGGGGACCACAUUGAAGCUUGCUAUACGGUGAAAGGCCUGGAUAGAGUGGAUGUGGAGAGGAUGUUUCCACUAAUGGGAGAGUCUAGGAACAGAGGCCACAACCUCAGACAUGCCUUAAGAAUGGAGAUGAGGAGGAAUUUCUUUAACUGGAGUGUUGUGGUUUCAUCGUUACAGAUGGCUGUGGAGGCCAAGUCAUUGGGUAUUUUUAAGGCGGAGAUUGACAAAUUCUUGAUUAGUAAUGGUAUCGGGGGUUAUGGGGUGAAGGCAGGAGAAUGGGGUUGAGGGAAAGAUUGAAUGGUGGCAUAGACUCGAUGGGCCAAAUGGCCUAAUUCUGUUCCUAUCACAUGAACGUGAAUCUGAGGCUGAGUUAGCUUUCCUGGCUCAACAUUUAUUCAAAAUAGGAAAGUUCCCUAAAUUUCCCGCCAUGUUUGCUCAAGGUUAUUCAACUCGUAUAUUCGACCCAAGUAAAAGUGCGGUUAUGUGUCAGGGUCGUAGAGUGAUACAGUGUGGGAAACAGGCCUUUCGGCCCAACUUGCCCACACCAGCCAACUUGACCCAACUACACUAGUCCCACCUGCGAGCAUAUCCCUCCAAACCUGUCCUAUCCAUGUACCUGUCCAACUGUUUCUUAAACGUUGGGAUAGUCCCAGCCUCAAUUACCUCCUCUGGCAGCUCAUUCCAUACACCCACCACCCUUUGUGUGAAAAUGUUACCCCUCAGAUUCCUAUUAAAUCUUUUCCCCUUCACCUUAAACUUAUGUCCUCGAUUUACCAACUCUGGGCAAGAGACUCUGUGCAUCUACCCGAUCUAUUCCUCUCAUGUGUAGGAAGGAACUACAGGUGCUGGUUUAAACCGAAGAUAGAUACAAAAAGCUGGAGUAACUCAGCGUCUCUGGAGAGACGGAAUCUUCUAUUCCUCUCAUGAUCUUGUACACCUCAAAAAGGUCACCCCUCAUCCUCCUGCGCUCCAAGGAAUAGAGACCCAGCCUAUUCAACCUCUGCCAAUGUGGAUUGUUUAAAAUACGUAUAUCCCUUAAUCCAGUUAUAGGAUUGGGAGUUAUUUUCUAUAUUAAAACACCCCAAAAUCUGUAAUGACCAAGCCUAGCCCAAGACUCAAAUUCAAUAUCCCUUAAAUCAUUCUCUCCAACUAAAGGUAUCACAAUCGACAUUAACACUGAAGCUAAUGCUCAGGCAGCAUCUGCGGAGAGAAUUCCCUCAUAAAAUAUCUUAUAUCUGAGGCAGUUUAUUUUCAAGUCUAUCUUAGUCUCUUGGUUGAAACAGUAUUUCCAAAAUGUGUCAGACUUUUAUCCCAUUGCCUGAAACUCAUGUGAUGUCGUCACUAGUCUUCCUGAGUCACAAACUUGGAUUUUGGUGAUUAUUUGGCAGAAAACGCCAUCUUCUGUUCUAUCGAAUUGGAUGAGACAAAAUAUGCACUUAAGAUAGAAGCAAAACGCUGGAGUAACUCAGCGGGACAGGCAGCAUCUCUGGAGAGAGGGAAUGGGUGACGUUUCGUGUCGAGACCCUUCAUUAUGCUCUUAAUCCAUACGUCCUUUGAGUAUUUUAUCAUUUCUGUCGUCUUAUAAUGGCUCAAAAUUGUGAGGGAAAGAAAUAGCAACGCAGUUUACAGCCUUGUGUACAGUUCAUUGAGUAUUAUUUUACCAAUACACUGAUGGAAAAAUAAUUACAUUUGGUUUAGCUGCUAUUGUAAACGCCACUGACAUUUAUACAUGGUAGUAAAUACUUAUGUUGCGCAUUCUGGAAAGGUUACAAUAAUAAAUAGACAAUUGGAUGUUUCGACAUACACACAACUUUAAGUGGUCCACAAAAGAGCUUCAUUAAAAUGUUAAGAUGC